AUGUCGAAAUUAGUGCUGUUGUUGGCCAUCUGCUGUUUGUGCCUGUUGCAAGUUCAAUCGCAACCCAAGCCGAAUACCUGUGACGCCUUGUUACAGCAGUGUUUGAGCCAUCAGCCAACCAGGGGAACCACAGACGAUCUCACAGACUACUUCAAUCUCGGCUGCCGUCGAAGGCUUCGCAAUUGGAAUAACUUUACACGUUGUCAGCUGGAAAAUGCCGCCUGCGAAUUAUCUCUGAACAGGUGUCUAGCAUUGGAAUGUGAGAAUGCGGUCAGAGUACGCAGGGCAUAACUUACCCAAGCCAUCAAUUAACAUUGAAAAUACAUUUUGAAGAAGAUA